AUGCCUCCUCCCCUCUGCAUACUACUCGGCCUUCUCCUCUUGUCUUCCUUGCACACUCCUUCAUGUUCCUCUGCAACUGCAAAUGAUACUCUCACGGCAGGCCAAGCGCUCGUCGUGGGCGACAAGCUCGUAUCAAGAAAUGGCAAGUUUGCGCUCGGCUUCUUCCAGUUCAAGCCAGCAAGCACCACCAGUAAGUCCGACAAUACCACCUCCCCCAAGUACUCGAACUGGUACCUUGGCAUAUGGUUCAACAAGAUCCCAGUUUUCACUCUUGUGUGGGUUGCUAACAGAGACGAGCCAAUCACCGAACCCAAGUCUCUCAAGCUCAAAAUCUCAAGCGAUGGCAAUCUUGUCAUCCUAGACCAUGCCGCUAGUACUAAAUCGGUAAUCUGGUCCACCCACAUUGCCAACAGAACACAAACCAGCACUAGUGCUCUUCUUUUGAACAGUGGAAACCUUGCCAUCAUAGAAGACCGCCCACUAUCAUCUAAUGCACUGCUGUGGCAGAGCUUCGAUUACCCGGGAGAUGUUGUGCUUCCAGGUGGCAAGUUAGGCUGGAACAAGGUCACCGGUCUGAACCGCAAGCCCACCUCAAAAAAGAGCCUCAUCGAUCCGUGUAUCGGCUCCUACAGCAUUGAACUAGGCACCAGUGGGAUAGUCCUCCAGCGCAGCAACCCCUUGAUGGUGUACUGGUCUUGGCCAUCCGAGAAAUCCUCAUCGGAGCUUAUACCAGUGCUCAAAUCGUUUCUGGAAAUAGAUCCACGGACCAAAGGUUUGAUUCACAUAGAAUAUGUGGAUAACAAUGAAGAGGAGUACUACAUGUACGCUUCGCCGAAGAAUGAUACAUCUUCCAUAUUUGUCUCACUAGACAUCUCUGGCCAGAUCAAGCUGAAUAUUUGGUCGCAAGCCAAACAAUCCUGGCAAACCAUAAAUGCCGAACCUGCUGAUCCCUGCACUCCGCCUGCUACCUGUGGACCUUUCACGGUCUGCAACGGCAAGGCACAUCCAUCCUGUGCCUGCAUGGAGAGCUUCUCUGUGAAGUCACCCCAUGAUUGGAAGUUUGAUGAUCGGACUGGAGGAUGCAUCCGAGACACCCCCUUGCAUUGCACUGCUAAUGGAAACACCACAAGUUCAACAGACAUGUUCCAUCCCAUUGCUCGGGUUGCAUUGCCCUACAGACGGAAAACCAUGGACGCUGCUACCACUCAGAACAAAUGUGAAGAAGCUUGCCUCAGUUCCUGCUCCUGCACUGCUUAUUCCUAUAGCAACGGCAGAUGCUCUGCCUGGCAUGGGGAAUUGCUUAGUGUAAAUCUGAAUGAUGGUGUCGACAAUGCUUCCGAAGAUGUUCUCUACCUCCGCCUUGCAGCCAAAGAUUUCCCAAGUCUGAGAAAAAACAAAAGAAAACCAAACAUUCGAUUUGUUACUGCUGCAAGCCUUAUUAGUUUCGGGAUACUAAUGAUGAUGCUCAUUCUGUUGCUAGUGAUUUGGAGGAACAAAUUCAAGUGGUGUGGUUCGGCAUUGUAUGACAAUCAAGCAAGUGGUGGGAUUAUAGUCUUUAGAUACACUGAUUUAGUUCAUGCUACUAAAAACUUCUCAGAAAAGCUGGGAGCAGGUGGUUUUGGUUCUGUAUACAAGGGAGCGUUAAGUGACUCGACUACUAUAGCAGUUAAAAGGCUUGAUGGUAUCCGUCAAGGAGAGAAGCAAUUCAGGGCAGAGGUGAGCUCAAUUGGACUCAUCCAACAUAUCAACCUAGUCAAAUUGAUUGGUUUCUGCUGCGAAGGUGAUAAUAGGUUGCUUGUAUACGAGCACAUGUUAAAUGGCUCCCUUGAUGCACAUUUAUUUGAGAGCAAUGCUGCUGUCCUGAAUUGGAACACCAGGUAUCAACUAGCACUAGGAGUUGCUAGAGGAUUGUCCUACUUGCAUCAGAGUUGCCACGAAUGCAUCAUACAUUGUGAUAUUAAGCCAGAAAACAUACUUCUCGAUGCAUCAUUUGUUCCUAAAGUUGCAGACUUUGGGUUGGCAGCAUUUGUGGGAAGGGAUUUUAGCCGUGUCAAGGCUACAUUCAGAGGAACUGCAGGUUACCUUGCUCCAGAGUGGCUCAGCGGAGUUGCUAUUACUCCAAAAGUUGAUGUUUACAGCUUUGGCAUGGUACUGUUGGAAAUCAUAUCAGGAAGAAGGAACUCCCCUGGAUCAUGCAGUAGCAAUAAUAAUCAUGUUGAAUAUUUUCCAGUGUUAGCCAUCAGCAAGCUUCAGGGAGGAGAUGUGCGGAGUUUGAUGGAUCCACAAUUACAUUUUGGUGACCUCAAUUUGGAACAAGCUGAAAGGGCUUGCAAAGUUGCAUGUUGGUGCAUCCAAGACAAUGAGUCUGACCGGCCGACGAUGGGUGAAGUGGUCCGGGUUCUUGAGGGUCUACAGGAGAUUGAUAUGCCCCCGAUGCCAAGACUACUUGCAGCUAUAACAGAGCGCUCUGAUGCAACUUCAGUGUAAUAAUUGAGAGAAAGGCCCUGGGUCUUUGGCUUGGCCAGCCAGGG